AAAGAGGAGGAAAAGGAAAAAGGAGGAGGAGCGCACGGUGUGCUGCAGCAUGGCAGGUGAAGAAGACUUCUUUUUGGGGGAGAAAAGAUUCAAGCAGUGCUGUGAAGACUUUGUUAAACAUUCGCAGCAGAUAGGAGAUGGCUGGGAGUGGAGAACUAGCAAGGACCUUGGUGAUGGUUAUCUUAGUAAGACACAUUUCCAAGUAAGAAACAGACACGUCCCACCAGACCUCAAGGAGAAAAACAACGAUAACACUGAACAAAUGUUACUUGUACAUGUAGAAGAGCCCUCGGAUGACUCCCAGGCCGCUGGGGCUUGCGGCACAGAAGAAGUGGUUCGCUAUGAGUACCACGUCCUCUACUCCAGCAGCUACCAAGUGCCCGUGCUGUAUUUCAGAGCCUGCUUUUUGGAUGGAAGGCCUUUAACUCUGGAUGAAAUAUGGGGAAGUGUUCAUGCAUCCUACCAGUCUCGUCUGCAGGAGGGGCCCUGGGACACUAUUACACAACAGGAGCACCCCAUCCUCGGGCAGCCUUUCUUUGUCCUGCACCCCUGUCGGACCAAUGAAUUCAUCUCCGCUGUGCUGGGAGGCUCACAGGAGCACCGCAGAAACACAAAUUACAUCACACUGUGGCUCAGUACUGUAGGCCCAGUUGUGGGCCUGAAUCUGCCUUUGAGUUAUGCAAGACUGGCACCUGAGCAGAGCACACCUGUGGCUGACAGAGCCCUGAGCUGAACGACUGGGAGUGGUUAGGUGUGAAAAAGCUGCUGCAGACUUCCCUGGGGAUGAAGUUGAAGGAUGCUUCCUGGCUGGUUAGCCGUGCCAAAGUGGAAAUGGUUGCUCAUGGCUCUUUCUCUGGCCAGAACUCGACGCUGAUGAGGGUGGGAAUUGGCUGCAGCUGCGGGAGCACCUCCCCAGCCCCAGCCUCCCUUGAAGUCACUCAUCUGCCUCCUGUGCCCCUGCCCUUGCUGAGGCUGCACACAGAUGCACCAGCCAGACCCAGAGUUGCUGGAUUUACUGAACUUACCUCUAGAAAAUCUGCACCAUCCGUGGGGCAGAGAAUGCAGUAUAAACACAGAGGAACGCUCGUGGGAUGCGGUGUGAGCUUGUGGCAACGAGAGUAUGGCUGAGACCGCUUCCCCUGGGAGCCACCUUCUCCACCAGAGCCUGCUGAGGGACCAGCCCGCGCUGCCCAGCACACAGAGCAUCCCCAUCCUGCCCCUGCGGAGCAGACGGGGUCGGGGCUGUCGCAGAGCCCGUGGAGCCUGUGCUGAGCAGGUCCAGCUCUGGAGCUCGGGUGCCUGGAGCAGCCGUGUGGGAACGUCUGGCUCUGCCGUGCUCCGCUGCCUGCCAGGGAAGCUCUCCGUGCGCCGGGAGCUGCUGCUGGCCCCAGUUAGUGCUUCUCGCUGGAGCUGUGCUUGUUCACAGGUUUGCUCCCUACCCUGCGCUGCUUCCCCUGACAGCUGCUGGUUUUUCGGGAACUGCCUGGUGGUGCUGCCGUGAGAACCAGAUGAGGAGGAACUUCCCUACCACCCAUCCUGGCUUCUCUCCCAGUCCCUUUUCAUUUGCAGCGUAAAACAGAGUCUGAGCAGCCGACACUGGAACACAGGUUUUUACUCUGUGCAUUUAGCAAUUGUCACUUGCACACAGAGUCUAGGGCUGGGAGUGUGAAAUGCAUCCCAGAUCCUGUUUUUUCACAUGUUUUUAACUUCCAUUACUUGCCAUUGCUGGAUGUGGAACACAAGAGUGCAGUCCUUCAAAUUCCGCGGGUGUGGAAUUCGUCUGCCAGACAUUUGGAAUUAAUAAUUAAAUCACGUUGUUUAUUUUGUUGUUCUGUGUCACACCAACCUGGAAAGCCAUCUUUCCCAUAUAAGAUUUACAAAAUACGGCUCGCAGCUACAUUGGCUUUUUUAACACUCUUGGUAACACAUGCUUGAUAAUUGCAUCCACAGCCCAUUUUUAGAUUUCAGUGAGACUUAGACAGGAGGAAGAACCAAUAAAAAAAGGUAACAGCAGGUUUAAGAGAUGUUAAACAUUCACCCCUGCACUGUGAUCUUCACUUGUGAUACCCUGGAACAGAAGAAGUGCUCAACCUUCAAAAUGUGGAAUUUGUAUGUAAAGGAAAAUAAAUAUUUGUAUUUUACAUGGAGCAUGUCUCAA